UUAUAAGGGAUAAAUAAAUUUAUAAAGCUUCCACAUUUUUUCAAAACGGCUUAGUCAGUAGCUUUUUGUUCAUUGAUCAGGAUGGGUGUAGAUAUAGAAACUUCAAUGAAAGUUACCAACUCAUCUACAACGCUCGUGUCAAAGUCUGGACAACCAGUGGUGACAGCUUUUCAAAGAACUUUAUGGGUUUUAAAUACCCUUUAUUAUGUGAUAUUAGGUAUAGUCAGUUUGAUAUUUUUGUGGAUUUUUUGUGAUUUAUCCGCAAUUAACGACACCCAAUACACGCUACAUUUAAUUUUAUCUACGGCUGCAUAUGUUCCAUUAAUGGCGGUUGCAAUUUUUGUAUUUGCCGAAGAUAAUGUGGCCGCACUUUAUAUUCCUCGAACUAAAAGGUACUCCAUACAUGGAAUUCUCUUAUUGAUCAGUUGUGUGGCAGCCAGCAUUGGAAUGGCCGUGAUGGUAGUGAGAAAAAGCGAAAAUAACAGAAGUCAUUUUACUAGCAAGCAUGGAAAAUACGGAUUAGCAUCCUGGGUUCUACUAUUUGCAUCAGUACUAACAGGAAUCUUUGCUGCGAAUACAAGAUUUUUCUCCAAAGUAUUCAGACCGGUUAUUCUGAAAUUGUUUCAUAACUUGUUGGGUUUAGCAGGAUUCGCCAUGGGAAUAGCAGCCACUUACGUUAUGGUAAACCAUUUAAGAAACAGUUUGUCAAGUUCAGCCCUUACUGGCAUGAAAGUCGGUCUCAUUUAUGUUACAAUUUGGAGUGCCGUUUAUGCUUUAAAGAGUCUGUAUGGGCAAAUCAAAGGAGUGUUUUCUUAAAAUAUUAUAUGUGCCUAUAAAUUAUGCCUUUAAAGGAGCCAUAACAUUUUUAUGGCCCGAAAAAAUGCUCAUUAAUAUAAAAAGUAUAUUUAUUACAUUAAUAUUAUUUAAAUAUAUUUCACAAAAGUAAAAUGACGGUAGUAUACGAGUGGCCUAGAUAAAUCGCAAAAUCUGAUGUCAAUAUUUAAUUAAUUUAACCUAGAUCUGUUUUUAAUUUAUUGUAUGUAUAGGUAUGAUCUACCAACAACAGAUGUUUCUAUAUUAAUUUGAUUUAUGAAAUAUAUAAUAAAUUAUUUUAUACCUUAA